AUGAAACAGUCUAAGAACCACUUUUAGGAUUUAAAACGAGAGAACAAGGAGUUCUUAAAUCAAGAUUAUAAGAAAUUGUAAAUUUAGGGAUGGUAAUCCAUAUCAUUAUCAAAUCGGAUAUUUACAGAUAUACAAAAAAUAUUAUUUGAAUAAAAUUCAAUUUUUAGAGUUAAAGGACUGCUUCAUUAUAUCCUAAUAGAUAGUUCAUAAAUGNGAAGAGCUUUGCACUUAAAUCUUGAAAUUGUAGAAUUUGGACAACAGGGAAUUUCAAAAAAUAUUAGAUAUUUCAGAGGAAAUAAAGAUGAUAACCGAAUCAUACAAAGGAGUGUUGCUUGUUCAAUUAUUUUUAGAAAGAUUACACUCUUUAUCAUUGGUCAAGCAGUAGAAUAUGAAAUCUCUUAUCUAAGAACAGUAUUAAUUGAUAAACAAUUUAUAAAAAAGAAACAUUCAAGAUAUUGAUAAAUAAUCAUUUAAUUUCUUAAUAAAUAAGGAAGAGCAGACCAAUGUUUAAUAACGUCUUGGUUAUUAAGCUUAAACUAGCACUAACUAUUUGAGAUAAAAUGAAAUAUUUCGUAAAACAUAAAUAACGAAAUUUUCAAGGGAAAAUUAAAAAUAAACUGUGUGUGAAUUAAAAAGUGAAAUCUUAACUAAAAUGUCUAGUUCAUAAUGUGAAGAAGAAGUUCAGGGGGGUGAAGAUAUUCAAAAUUCUAAUAAUUAUUAGAGGCUAUUCUAUUCGAAAUGCCUGAAUAUGAAGGCUCAAUUAUCUAAUAUUGAUCCAGCUUAAAAAGUUCCGCUUUGUGUGCUGUUUAAAGAAGUUCUAAGUAGAAGGAUUCCGAUUACCUAAUGGAAUUAGUUUAUACUAUCAGCUUUUGAUAAACCUUCAUAAUAUUUAGAAUAGUAGAAAUAAAACCUAUUUAAUUAAGCAUCCGCAUUCCAAAAUUCAGCUAAACAAUUUGCAAUCAAUAGUAAUUUCAAAGAAAGAUUAAGAAAUCUUAAAAUAAUAUGA